GGUCAGAGAGUUGCUCUCUCUCGGCUGUCAAUCUGCCCAAACAUGUGGAUUCCAUGUUAAACAAAAGACUCUCCAAGUCCUCAGCCACACUCUGGAAUUCCCCCAGCAGAACUCGCCGUUUGCCACUGAGCCCCUGGGAGAGCAGUAUUGUGGACCGCCUGAUGACUCCAACACUGUCCUUCCUCGCCAGGAGCAGGAGUGUUGCUGUUUUAACGGGUAAUGGCCGAGAUACAGCUGUUCCUCUCUGUCCUCGAUCGUCCUCAGCCAGUCCGAUCGCCCCGAGCAGUGGCAAAACCCCUCACAGAUGCUCGAACCGAUGGAGAGCUGCCCUGAGCACGCCGGAUAUCCUAGGCCGACACAAGACUGAUCUCCCCCUGGGAUCCUGUUCUAUGUUGGUUGCAGUGCUGACUAACAUAGUGGUUAUUGUUGCUCUGAUCUCAGCUGAUGCUAAUGGUGAACGGCUCCCAAUUCCAGAGUGA